AUGUGCUCAGUUCUGUGCUAUCGUCACCGCAGCUUCACUCGUUUCAAGGAAUUCGCAAUGAGCGCAAUGCCAGAGGGCUACUAUGCCUACGGAGCAUCGGCUGGUCGAGAAUGGUAUGUCAAUCCUGCUAUGCAGUUCAAAGACGACAGUAUCAGCGAUGCUGACCUAGCAUUACUCAACAGGGUUUUCGAUAAAGCAGACGUUGUCGCUGCCACCGCGCUGCAGCUGCUGCAAUGUGAAAUCGGGGAUUUGCUGAAUGAUUCUGCUUAUCGCAACUUUACCUGGAUUGGUAGCGGUCUACAAUCUACACUAAGGCAAAGUUGUCCUAAAGAAUCUUCAAUAAAGGUCAUAGUUUGUCUAAUCGAGCGAAAGAUGGGUAUGCAGCUGCAAGAGGGGAACUCAUUUUCACAAGGCUCAUGUAUUGGUGAUUGGUGGUUAUCAUUGCUUAUAUCCUCUGAGAAAUUCACCUCAAAUCUUAGACAGGCUGAUACUGAGAUAUACAAGCCUACGCGGAAAAUAGCGAAGAUGCUCAAAAUACUCGUGUUUCUUACUCUCGUCACGGUAAUCACUGCAAGACGUGGCUGGACCAGAGAUAUUCCUGGUGUGAGUGCGGCCAAUAUGGAAAAACUUCACCAAAUUAUGAGUCCUCGACCUCAUGGACGCGAAGAGUUUAGGAAAAGGUUUUUGGAAUGGGAGAACAGCUUGCCGCCAGCAGAGAAGGCAGCAGCACAAGCUCACCGAGAGCAAAGGCGCAACAGACACAGAAAAAUGCUCGAACAAGGCAUUCCGGGAGUAAGUGCUGCCAGCAUGACUAAACUACGUCAAAUGAUGGAGCCGUUACCAGAAGGCAGGAGAGCAUUCCGAGAGAAGAUGCAUGAAUGGAUGAACAGUUUGCCGCCUGAAGACAAGAUAGCAGCAGAAGCGUACAGAGAACAGAUGCGUCAGAGACAUGGAGGUCGUCGUGGCGGACGCCCCUUGUAAAAGUCAAAUGUAAAAUUUAUGCUGCGAUACUGUUGAUCUUGUAUCAUAUUGCAUAAAGAUUUCAACCUGU